AUGGCCUCGGCCCUGAGCACUGCCUCGGCUUCUCGAGUCGAUUCAAACCAACACUGCCCGUCGCUCCUCGAGUCGCACCGACUCGAGCGCAUCGUGCUACCCCUCGGCGGGUUCGUCUUCUUCCCGACCGCGCACGCCGACCAGACGCGCGUUGUCUUUACCGCGGGGCUCUUUCAGCCGCCGGCGACGUUGCGCCGAACCGCGAACCGCCGGCUGCUGCUCUUGCUGGCGGCUGCGCUCCCGCGACUCCAGCACGCAGUGAACGCUACGCGGCUCGGCGCAGCGUUGGCGUCGCGUGUGCCGUGGGUGCCGGACGCCGCCGAGACGACGUGCAAACUCUGCGCGCGCUUCUUCUCGCACGUGCGCCGCAAGCACCACUGCCGUGCGUGCGGCCACCUCAUCUGCAAGCAGUGCUCUGUGUUUCAAGACCUCGCGCUGCCGUCGACGGGGCUCACGACGAUCCGCGUGUGUGCAACGUGCGCCGCGCCACCGCCAACAACAUCCGCACCGCGUCCGAGGGCCAAGACGACGCCGCCCCCGCUCGUGCUGGAGCUAGAGACACCCAAGAAAGGCGGCAGUGGCGUCGUCGAGCGCCGGUACUUUGGCAAGCACGGCAUUCACCUCCAGAGUCCGACGACAACCCAGCCGAGUCCGACGCCACCGCAGAGUCCGAUCACGUUCCUGUCCACGCCGACCCGGCUCAAGACGCUGCCGUCGAGCCGUCCGGACCGCACGGCAACGCUGCAGGCGCUUUGCGACCUCGCGAGCACGACGCUCCAGUGCAAGUUUGCCGGCUUGUCGCUGCGGCAUGGCGCCGUGCUCCAGCACUACCUCAAGGUCAACAUGAAGGGCAAGCUCCUCUCGGUGCCGAGUCAAAUGGGCAUUUGCAGCCCGAUCCUGAGCGUCGGUAACCCGCUCAUCGUGCUCGACACCAAGACGGAAGGCGGGCCCAUCGAGUGGGCCAAGCUGCCGAUCGUGGCCGGGCCCCAGCGGGCGCGGUUCUACGCCGGCGCACCGCUCGUCGCGGGCAAUGGGGAUGUGAUUGGCGCCAUCUGCGUCUUUGACCCUGCGCCGCGGACCUCGAUUCCGCCCAACCAGCGGCGCAUCAUGCAAAACCUCGCCGAGCUCACGCUUGCGUCGCUCGACCCCAAGCAGGUGCGCGUCGACGCGCGAACGGAAGACUCGAGCGACCUCGAGGCGCAGCUGUGGCAGAUGUUGCUGAAAGCACACAACACGCAGCGCCAAGUCGUCGAACACAACCAGGCGAACGACGCACACGCGUCACCGGCCAUCCUCGGCGUCUAA